UUGGACCGGAAGUGGGAGCGGGUACCUGUCAUAUUCGGGUACCCGCUCCCACGUCUGGUCCGAUCACCUAAGCGAUCGGAAGCGGAAGGUGUCCUCCCUCCCUGUAGUCUUUUGGGACACGUGACAGGUCCCAGAAGACUACAGGACCAUUCAUGAAGCUCAGCGCACGCAUGCACAGUGGGUACCUGGCUGAGAUGCUGCAAGCUGUCACAGCCGGGUGCCCACACUGAAGAUGCCGGCCUCCUAGAAUACAGGACGGCCGGUGAAUCGGGCUGCGGGGGACACACCACGG